AUGGCUCGUCGCGGUCUCUGCUCCUGUUCUUUGCCCAGCUUUGGCGUCCUCACCCAAGACACCGCCCGGUUCCUGCUCCUGGCCGUUCUGACUGUUCUGUACAUGGCUUGCGGAGCUGUCAUCUUCUCCACUCUAGAGCGACCCUCCGAGCUGGAAACCCUUCGGAAGUGGCAGUUAAAGAUUGAAAACUUCUCCCAGAAGCACAACCUGGCUUUGGCGGACCUGAAGGGUUUUCUGUUUGAAUACGAGGCUGCCUACCUGAUUGGUGUCCGGGUCAACGCGACGCGGCCCCAGUGGGACUUAAUAGGGGCCUUUUAUUUUGCAGGCACCGUGGUUUCUACUGUAGGAUUUGGCAGAACUACACCAACUACCCGAACAGGCAAACUUUUUCUAAUACUUUAUGGUCUUAUUGGCUGUGCAGCGGCCAUCUUGUUCUUCAACUUAUUCCUGGAGCGUCUGAUCGUAGUCAUAGCAUAUGUUAUGAAGAGUUACCAUGAGAGGAAGUUAAAACGAAAACUUCGUAGAGAUGUCCAGCAGGCUGAUAUUGAUGAAGUAGACAACUUAGCUAGAUGGAAGCCCUCUGUGUAUCAUGUCAUGCUUACCUUGUGUUUGGCAUCAGUCAUUGUUUCCUGUAGUGCCUCUGCUAUGUUCACGGCAACAGAAGGAUGGAGUUAUUCUGAUUCCCUUUAUUAUUGUUUUGUGACCUUCAGUACUAUUGGUUUUGGUGACAUGGUGAGUGGUUGGAAUCCACACUACAAAAAUCAACACCUUUAUCGGUUUGGCAACAGUGUUGUUAUACUCACAGGGAUAUGUUUUGUCUAUUCCUUAUUUAAUGUGAUCUCCAUUGUCAUCAAACAGUUCUUAAACUGGAUAUUAAAGAACAUGGGCAGCACAUGUCAUAAGUGCCAAAGAAAACUCUUGAGGUUACAGACAAAUGUUGUGAUGCCAGGGACUGUGUUGAGACAGCGCAACGUAUCAAUUGAGUCAGAUGGUGUCGACAGUGAGACAAGAGGAUCCAGUCGAUCUGCUGAAAUGUCCAUGAAAGACCUCUUAGCCUCUAACAAAGUAUCACUUGCUGUCUUGCAAAAACGAUUGGCUGAAAUUCCUCUUCACAGACCACCAGUCUCAUCUGCGAAAACUGGACUUGAAGGUGGAGUAGGUGCUUUGGGAAUUAUGAACAAUAGAUUGGAAGAGACAAGAACUGAUAAGUAA